ACAAAAGUCUAGAGGUGUUCAUAUGUGCAAGACACAUAUUCAAGAAGAGUGUUUCAAUAGCAUUUGUCCAUGCGAUCCUCAGUUAACAAUUAAAUCCAAAAAUAUAUAUAACAUUAUGGUUGCAUUAUAAUUCAGUAAAUCGUGCAGAACUGGCGCGGUGGGGCGGCUGUGUCGGAGACUGUGUCUCUCUUUAGGACCAAGCGGUUUGUUCUACUUUGGCAAAGAACCAAGUAGCACAAGUGCCGGCUGGCCAAUGGGACUGCAGGGGCGGUCCGAGCGCUCUGACCAGUCAAACGAAGUCACUUUCCUUAUAAGGCAGCCGGUCUCCAUGGUAACGUGUGCUAAGUUGCAGCAGUCGUGUCAAAGUUCACUAUAUAGAGAGCGCAGUGAGCUGAUCACAGGGAAAGCAUUCUGCCAGCCCGGCUGCUGCAAAUCGCGUUCACUUCCCAGCCUCCCCCUUUUUAACAUAUUUGAUCACUUCGAUUCUCUGUUCUUUUUGUAUUAUUAUUUUUUACGCGCAUGAAGGAGGUUGUGUAGGUUGUGAUCUUAAAAAAAAAAAAAAAGCAGCUUUAGUACCACUGCUUGCGAGUUGACUAGGUAUUUCUAUCCAGCACUGUAGCUGCUGCUGCUGUGCAGAUAGCACAACUACAACCAGAAGAGAAGGAACAAGCAUCAAGAUUGUUUUUGUUUUCUUUUUAAUUCAGUUCAUGGUUUUUCCCAGGACUUACACUGUAACGGGGGGUCGUUCGCUGCUGGUACCUUAAGAGCCGAGCCGAGUCUUCUUUUUUUUCCCCCCAUAAUCUUUAACCUCUCCAUCCCAACCAUUUUAUUCUCUUUUUUCUCUCUUUUUUUUUUUUUUUUUUUUGUUGAUGGGUUUCCUGAAUGGCUGACGGUAAGCUGCACUGGACUUGGCCUCAAGACUCUUGUCUCUUCUUCAGCUCGUCUCCGAAUCCGGUCUAACAGACAGACAGAAAGAAAGAAAAAAAGAAGAGAAAGACUUGAUUCGAUUGCCUCACAAGUUUCUCCAGACAAUCCUCUGUGCAGAUUUCUUUAUUUUUGUUUUUUUGCUCCUGUAUUCUCGCUUGAUAACGGCCACGAACAAGCUGCUCUCUUUAAAAAUAGAAAUCAAAGCAUCUGAAGCUCACCCUCCAAAAAAAAAAGGACAAAAAAGCGACAAAAAAAAGUUUAUUGACGACGUCUGAUAGAUAUGGCAAUGGUAGUGUGGCGCGGCUCCCAGGACGAAGUAUCCGAAACGCAGGGGACCCUGACUUCCCAGGUCCCGCAAGUAGGACCACUGGUGCUGUCGACCUCUCAGGUUACACAACCAACACCGCAAACCCCCGUGCAAGGGGGGGCUCCGACCACCACAGCCCAGUCUACUCCGUCAAACCAGACGAACCAGCAAAGCCAAACGGUGGAAAAACAACAGCCACCGCACAUCGAGUGCGUGGUUUGCGGGGACAAGUCGAGCGGCAAACACUACGGCCAGUUCACCUGCGAGGGCUGCAAAAGCUUUUUUAAAAGGAGUGUACGGAGAAACCUGAGCUACACAUGCCGUGCCAACAGGAACUGUCCCAUUGAUCAACACCACCGCAACCAGUGCCAGUACUGCCGCCUCAAAAAGUGCCUCAAAGUCGGCAUGAGACGGGAAGUUUCUCAUUUUACUGCAGCAGUACAAAGGGGACGGAUGCCACCCACGCAGCCACACCAUGGCCAGUUCUCCUUGACAAAUGGGGACCCCCUGAACUGCCAUUCCUACUUAUCCGGAUAUAUCUCCCUUCUUCUGAGAGCGGAGCCCUACCCAACCUCCCGAUAUGGCAGCCAAUGCAUGCAGCCGAACAAUAUCAUGGGCAUCGAGAACAUUUGUGAACUGGCAGCCAGGAUGCUGUUCAGCGCGGUGGAGUGGGCGAGGAAUAUCCCUUUCUUUCCAGACCUUCAGAUCACUGACCAGGUGGCCCUCUUAAGGCUCACCUGGAGCGAGUUGUUUGUGCUCAACGCUGCCCAGUGUUCCAUGCCGCUCCACGUGGCUCCUCUGCUGGCGGCGGCGGGCCUCCACGCCUCGCCCAUGUCAGCAGACAGAGUGGUCGCCUUCAUGGACCACAUCAGAAUCUUCCAAGAACAAGUGGAGAAGCUCAAGGCUUUGCAUGUUGAUUCUGCAGAAUACAGUUGCUUAAAGGCUAUAGUGCUUUUCACCUCAGAUGCUUGUGGUCUUUCUGAUGUGGCCCAUGUGGAAAGUUUGCAAGAAAAGUCCCAGUGUGCAUUGGAAGAGUAUGUUAGGAGCCAGUACCCCAACCAGCCGACUCGCUUUGGAAAGCUUUUGCUUCGCCUGCCUUCUCUCCGCACUGUUUCUUCUUCUGUAAUAGAGCAAUUGUUUUUCGUCCGUCUGGUAGGUAAAACCCCGAUAGAAACCCUCAUCAGAGAUAUGCUGCUGUCUGGCAGCAGCUUUAACUGGCCUUACAUGUCAAUCCAGUAGACAGAGAAGGAAAACCCCUUUCUCUUUAGAGGGGAGCAAAAUGCUGUUACAAGUUUACUAAAGAAGAGGGGGCUUUUUUUUUUUUUUAAAGAACUGUGAAUUUAAAAAAAGACUUUCAAUGAACUUUCUAAAUGCAUUUAAGAACUCGUGUGUCGUUCUGAACAACUUGCUACUUAUCAUUUUUUGUAAAAAAGACAUUUUCAGUUUUUUUUUGUAAACUUGAGAAAAGUCGAUAAAAAGUGCAUUUAAAAAGGAAAAUUUGGAGAAAAUUAGGAGAAAAGAAAAAAAAGUAAGUUUUCUUUUCCAAAUUAUGAUGAAUUGUCCUGUGUCUGUGUAUCUAUAGCUGUUUUUGUAUAUACCUUUUUUCUUUCUUUCCUGGUUCUAAACCGGCUUAUUACGUGGUUCUGUAGUAUACGGUUUGUUUGUUUUUUUAAAUUAUAUAACCAUGGCUUUUAUCAAGCAUAAACAAAAACAACUGUGUAUCGUGUAAAGUAUGUGUUCUACAAGAAUUAAAACUGAAUCCACUGCAAUGUUUAGGAUAGGGUGGGGGUGGGAUUGUAUACAAUACUUAACGCUGGAAACGCACUUAAUGUACAAUGAAGACCCUGAAUCUACAAGGGAGGGGGCGGCGGUCUGUGGCGAAAAAGCUGACCACUGUUCAGUGACCCAACAACAAAACUAGCAAUACCCCGAGGACAUGGAGUUUGGGGAUGUGCUGAUACGACAUUUCUGUAGAGCCAGGUGUGCAGGACACAGUACACUUCAAAAAUGAAAGACAAAACGCAUUUCCUUCACCUUGCGUCUCACAAUGGAAAACGUAAACCUGUAUAUUUGCAACGCGUUUGUAGUAUAACUAUUGUCUAUAUUUUGCCCUUUUUUGUUGUUGAAAUUUUACAUUGAAUUCAGCAUGAAAAAAAAAAAAAAACACUGUUGGCACUUAUAGUUAACACGUGGAGAAUUCCUAGGAUUAAAUAAUUUUGUGUUUAUGAGCGAUAAAGCUUUAAAAAAAUAAAAAUAAAAAAAUAAACGUAAUUCAUAUUGUGUCCUGUAAAAGUUUUAAUAAUUGAAAUGUUUGGUUAAGUCAUUGUGUGUAAAAUUCCAGUAGAAAAAAAAGAAAGUUUGUGGGAAUUAAAAUAUUAAUUGAUAUAUGAAACUUGUUUGGCUUUACAAGUGUACUUUAAUCAGGUCUCUCAAAUUCCAGUAUGCCCGUGGGUCUUUCAUGUCACACGAACAUAUGUAUUUAUUUACUGCUUUAAAAAAAGAAAGGUAAAGACUUUCUACAUUUUAAUAACAAUAAUAAAUACCAUUCUAAUUCUAAUAAUAUUAAAAUCCGUCAGUAUUAAUAUUAUAG